GGCUGACGUCAUCUUUGUUUCUCUCGGUUGCCUCUCGGUGCUUAGCGUAGCAGGAAACUAGUGUUCUUCCUAAACCAGUGAAAAGCGCCAGUGUUCCUGCAGAUACGAAGGAUUGCAUCACCCUGAGUGCUAACUGAUCAUCAAGAGGAUGUCCUACUACGAUGCAGAAAUGGGAGGGCUCGGCAGCUCCUACGGUGGAGCGUCCGCCUUCUCGGAAAAAGCCAUCCGCCAUGGGUUUAUCCGCAAGGUGUAUGGAAUACUCAUGGUGCAGCUGGGCAUCACAGCAGCAUUUAUCGCACUCUUCAUAUUUGAGCCAAACGUACAGUUAUACUCGCGACAGCACCCGGGACUCUACAUAUCUGCCAUGGUCAUAACAUUUGUGCUCAUGAUUGUACUUGCUUGCUGCGAUAGCGUCCGACGUGCAUUCCCUGUCAACUUGAUUCUGCUCCUCUUGUUUACUGUUUGUGAAGGUGUUCUGCUUGGCACAGUGUCAAGUUUCUACGAAGUGAAAGAAGUGAUGAUAGCAGUGGGCAUCUGCACUGUUGUAUGCCUCGGACUGACCCUGUUUGCUUUCCAAACAAAGUGGGACUUUACUGCAAUGUCUGGCAUCCUGUUCGUGUGCGCCUUGGUCUUCAUGUGCUUCGGCUUCGCCCUGAUCUUCAUCAAAGGCGAUAUUGUGCGCCUGGUUUAUGCAUGCAUUGGAGCGCUCCUCUUCUCUGUGUACCUAGUGUUUGACACUCAGCUGAUGCUCGGUGGCAACCACAAGUAUUCUGUGUCACCGGAGGAGUACAUCUUUGCUGCACUGAGUCUCUACGUGGACGUCAUCAACCUCUUCCUCAUGAUCCUGCAAAUUGUUGGUUACGCCAACAGAGACUGAACCUCCGUACCUCGUCUUCGACACGCAGCUUAUGGUUGGCGGGCGGCACAAGUUUGCCAUCACACCCGAAGAGUACAUCUUUGCAGCCCUGACACUCUACAUGGAUGUCAUCACGCUCUUCCUCUACAUCCUGGAAAUUGUGAGCCGUGCCAGCGGCGACAGGCGUGGUUCAUCCAGCUACGUCUGACAUCGUUUUCGUUGGCUUCCACCUUGUGGGCUUUCUCCUUUACAUUCCCAUGCCGAGCAAAUGGCUGUGACCGUUGACGCCACAAUGGUGCGCACAACGUUGCCCUUCAUUCACAGACAUGUCAUGAAAAAGCACCAUCUUUUCUCUUUCUUUCAUUCUCCUUGUCUUUCGAGCUGUUAACCAUCUCGCAUCUUUGUCCUGCUGCCCAUGCAUACGUGUACAGGUGGCUUGACGUACAGAGCAGAGAUUCAGUGUUUAACAGUAGCAUCAGUUAAUCUUGCGAGCAAGGCGCAAGCAUUUCACCUUUUCUUUUUAUGUUUGUAAAGCCUCUGUUUGAAAACUGAACUUAUUGAUGGCAUAAAAGUAAGGCACAUAUCAGUGCAAGAGUCACUGUGGUCGUUCUCGUGCCAUGUAUGUGCAUAAAGUCCUGAACCAGCGAGCUGUGUUUAUUUCUUUUGGCACUUUUACCUUUUAUUUCAUAGCACUUUUUUUAAUCAUGUGUAGCUCGUUCUGGUAGGCCCACCCAAGGUGGGUGCUGCGGAAGAAAAAAAAGACGCAUACCUCUUUUUUAUAGUUGUUUCAUUUAAGGCAAUCAUUUGGGAAAGUACUGGUGCUUGUCCACUUUGUUUUUGGUCUAGUGGUCUUGUCAACUGUUUCGUUGUAACUGUGUAGCUUUCUUUUUUCAUGCAUGGCUUAUUAUUUAUAAUAAUGUCGGUGUUCAGUCUUGCCCUUUUUUGCACUGCAUAAGUGUGGAUUGCAAGUACCAAGUUUGCUUGAAAUUCUUCUGAACAUUUAGUUCCUUGUGAUCUCGGGGUAUGUACAGUGUGAUAGCUGAAACUUCGUGUGGAAUCAAGCAAGCAUGUAAUAUGAGCUCAUCUAGCUUUGACACAAUGGCUUGUAGUUUUUUUUUAUCGGAAUGGAACUGCAGGAAGGAACAGUAAUUCUUUCUUUUUGCAUGUCAUGUUCACUUCUAGGUGUUGGCUAUACCAUAGCGGUCUCUGAAUAGCAGUGUAAACAUAGGUGCCACUGUAUAACAGAUAAUAACAGUAUCACAUACCAAGCUGUAGUAGUAAAAUAGGGACACUAUUGGGCCAAAUUUGUAGAGAACAUUUUGGAAACGUGAAUAAAAUAGGAAUGGCAUUGCCGGGUUGGAAGUCCCACACUCAUGCCCAUUUUUUAAAGAAACUGAACAUUUUGGCUGCACACAAGUGGCUGAGGCUUGAGCUGGAGCGGACAUAAGCACGAGCCUCGACUAAUUGUAUGCAGCCAUAAUAUUUGUUCAUUUUGAGAACAAGAUUGCGCUUCAGCUCCUUGUGAUAUCAUAGGUGUCGACAGCAUCUGCUUGGGCCUCAUUAUUAAUCAAUCAAACAGCAUUAAAUUGCAUUUGAGAGUAUAUUCAAGUGAACAUCUCCAUCAAGAGGGCUGUAAUGGGAAAUAAUAUGCUUCCAUAUAUCCGUGUCAUUGCAAUCACUUCGUCAGGGUCACCGCUUUGACAUGAAGUUUAAGAAAGUUACUUUGUUUCUUUUGUUGUGGACAGAGUUCCUAAUAACGAAUCGUCCACCUGAACUGUUUAUUCUUUUUACUGUUCCUUUAAAUUUAGUGUCAUAGCAUGUGUUGUACUAGUAUUGAGCAUCAAGAAGUUAACUUGCUAACUUGAUAUUUCCUGGAUCUAAAGAGGGGCUUUACUUCAGUCCAAAGCACAGGUUGUGGUGAUGCGACCUACAACGACACCCUUGGAAUUGGCCUAUAUCUGCCAUUGGCUCAUUGUGUGAAACUUGCCAUGCAUAUCGAUCAAACUUAACGGUUUUGUGAAGUGUUAGAAAGGAUGCAGUCUGCUACUCGGUUCUUAUCGUCUAGAGAGAUAUAGGUUUUUAUUGUAAAAAUUCUUGGUUUCUUAUAAAACAUCUACCAGCAUUCAGUAAAAUAUUAUAAUCCUUCAAAAAUCUAUUCGUAGACUUUUUAUACAAAGUGCUUUCUGCAGCACCAGGUCAGCAAUAAGCACAACUUCGCAACUUGCCAUUGUUCAUGUAAUUCUAAAAGUUUCUUUUUUAAUGUUUGCAGGUUAUGUAUUCUCUGGUUAAUAGGCCACUCGGCCUUAUGUAGAAGUGAGCCAUUUGCUAAUUGGGUUCGUACAUUUCUCUGAAUGUAUGCUUCAUUUUUUUCAUAAAUACGCAGUCUUUGGCAUAUAACGUCCAUGUUUCUCUGCCUAGCUGGAGAAGGAAGUGGCCUAGACAGACAAAGGUGUUUUUUUUUUCUUCUUUUCUCGUUAGCAAUUUUUAAUUCACAGUAAGGCGAGUGCACAAGUUACCGAAGCUAAUCGUCUAGUCACUCCUACGUAUGUCUGGUGGCCUUGUACAAUAAUAUAUAAUAAUAUUUAAUAAUAUUAGAGGUGCCACAAGAUGACUAUUUACCAGAUCCCUGUGAAUAAUGCAUUUCUUUUGUGCUGCUACUGAAAAUGUGCUCCUAGAUUUCCAUUGCAAGGUCUGCACUUUACUGCACGGUGCCCAAGCAAUAGGAAAUAUACAUUGUGCGUGAAAUCUUGUGCAUGUUUACUACUUACUUGGUGCUUGUUCUCUCGUGACAAGCGUCAGACAGACAGCUGUGUGAUAUAGCCAGGCUGCUUUGCUCUGUCAGGCUGCAGAGCUUAUGUGUAGGUCAAUCUAGCCCAGAUCGCAUUCUUGUUAACUUCGGAGUCCCAUGUUCCUCCUAUGUACAUAACUUUUCUUUUUCCUGGAUGUAAUGUAUACGCACCUCUUUGUGCUGGCAACUGGUAGAUCAAUGUAGUCACCUGCUGCUAACUGUUUGUGGUCGCAGCUCCAAUGUACACAGUUGUAGCUCAGUCAAUGUAUUGUGUGGCUGGCAAAUAAAAAUUCUACUUUAACUGUU